GCCCCGUGUCUUCUGUGUCCCGGGCUGGGUCCCAUACAGUAGCAGCCAAGCGGAAGCGCCUCCUGGCGGUACAGUGGCGGAUGUCACCCCCUGUGACAUACCUAAAUGGGUUUGAGUAAACUAGAUGUGCUAUACAGACGGUUGCUUCUAACAAAAUUUUUCAUCCGUGGAUGGGGAAAACCUGAAGAUUUAAAGCGACUAUUUGAAUUUCGUAAGAUUAUUGGAAAUCGAGAAACAUGUCAGCAUCUGGUGCCUAAAGAUUACCCAGUGUAUAUCGACAAGGUUGAAGAACAAACCGAUUGCAAGAUUCUCGAUGGACAUUUUACCUCACCGUUGGUUCACUAUGUGCCAGAUGUUAUGCCCAGUGAAACAGUUGUAGCACGGUUUCAGUUCAUAGUGCCUAAAGAAUGGAAGAGCAAGUACAGGCCGGUGUGCAUUCAUCUGGCUGGUACAGGUGACCAUUAUUACUGGAGGAGAAGAACUUUAAUGGCCCGUCCUAUGCUUAAAGAGGCUGGAAUGGCUUCCCUGUUGUUGGAAAAUCCGUACUAUGGCUGCAGAAAACCUAAGGACCAACUGAGAUCCAGCCUUAAGAAUGUCUCUGAUUUGUUUGUAAUGGGUGCAGCCCUGGUGUUGGAGUCUGCUGCCCUCCUUCACUGGCUGGAGAGAGAAGGAUAUGGUCCUCUGGGCAUGACUGGGAUUUCAAUGGGAGGACAUAUGGCAUCGCUGGCAGUGACCAAUUGGUCAAAACCAAUUCCUCUUAUCCCAUGUCUUUCCUGGUCAACCGCCUCUGCGGUCUUUACAACAGGUGUUCUAAGCAAAGCUGUAAACUGGAGGGAGCUGGAGAAACAGUACUUUACACAGACAGUAUAUGAGGAUGAGAUCUUGCACUUGCUUGAAUAUUGUGGGACAGAUUCAUUCAAGAUGGGGCAGGACUUUGUGAAAAACUCCCCAAGAAGUGUUGAUAGUCUGACCCAUUUAAAACUAGCUGCCAGCCUUUUCCACCUGAACCGGACCCAGAAGCCAUCAUCUCCUGAUUCUCUUCAAACAGCAAGUAGCAGCGACAAAAGCUUUAUGUUCCAAGGCGACUCUAAAUUGUCAUAUAUUAGACAAGCAAUGACUGCUGGAGUCAGUAAUCUCCAAAAGAGAGAAGACACAAAGAAGAACGAAGCUCUGCAAAGGGAGUCCUGGUUAUUUAUGAAAGGCGUCAUGGAUGAGUGCACACACGUAGGAAACUUCUCAGUUCCGGUGGACCCCAGUUUAAUUAUAGUGGUGCAAGCCAAAGAAGAUGCAUAUGUCCCAAGGGUUGGUGUACGCGGCCUUCAAGAAAUCUGGCCUGGUUGUGAGGUUCGAUUUAUAGAAGGCGGCCAUGUCAGUGCCUACCUCUUCAAACAAGGGCUUUUCAGGAAAGCCAUCUAUGAUGCCUUUAAUCAGUUUCUUCAGAAGUAUCCUAUGUGAAUAUGUGUGUGGACUUUCUUUGGCGUGUUCACGUUCAUUCCGUCCCUAAGAGAUUGCUUUACUAAUUCUACUAAGCACAUUUCCAGAGCUGAAGGGAAAGUAUCCCCACAGUCUCCAGUAUGGUGCUACUUUUCUUGCCAUUACAGAGAGGUAAACGCAGAGUCGCGGCCUCUAUAAUGCUCUUUAUGCAUACUGAAGGACAUGUGGAAGUUUUUCUACUGACAGUGAUUUUUUUCCUUAUUUGAGGAAGUGAUUCAUUUCUUGAUGGGAAAGAGUUUUUGAAUUACGAUUUUAGAACUUUUUUUUCUCCUUGAAACCAUUGUGUGACGAUUUGUACUUUAAUCAUUUUUAGCAUUUUAUACCCAUUUUUUAACAGCCUUCAGUGUUUAAUGAUUUAAAAUGAUGUAACAUCAUUAAAUGUAACAGUUUUGCACUGUAACCUAAUUGAAUGUAAAUUAUUUGCUUGUCAGGAGGAUACUUCAUACCAACAUCAUGUUAACAUGCCUUUGUUUACUGAUUUAUGGAGUACCUCAUUUUGAUGAAUAAUAAAUGUGUAUGUCUGGUAAUAUAUCUUUUGAAAAGUUA